GUGUACACCUUGUUAUUCGAUAAGUGUGGUAGUAGGUCAAAAUUAUAUCAAAUAAUUGAUGUACGUAAUAAGUGGUUUGAACCAAACAUACAACUGUCCUGAUUCACGACCUACAGGAGUGUGUUAAAGGAGGCUAACUUACCUGGUUACUGAAAGCAUAAGAGUUGUGUCGGUGAAUUCCUCGACACACUCCAAAUACUUUCUAAACGAAUCUGGCCACUCUGGAAAACGUUUCUAAACGCACUCAAGAGAAAGAUUUAUUCUUAGCAGCGCCCAUAUCAACGAACCAAGAAGUUAUCAAUCAAGUUACCUAAGCUAUGUAACCUGUUUAUAGUUUUAUUAGAAAUAAAUCAGGUUUUAUAUAUCCACGGACGACGAUAUUAUGAUAAUUUGAUAAGAAUAUGAUACCGGGGAAUGAUCGCAAUGGAAACAUUAAAAAAGAAGAGGAUUAUACCGGUAUAAAAUAUUUGACCCAUGUUACUUGGCGGAUUAGAAAACUGAAAAAUUAUACUGGUACCACGAAAUUAAUUUCUAUACAUAUUAUAUUAGAUGGCCGACUUCAUAUUUAAUUGUAUGCUUAGAUAUGACGUCAGCCACCUUUUGUAAAUAGGUUAAUGUUUGCUAAAAUAAACCAUUCUUUGAAAAUAACUCUAGGAUCUAUCCAACUACACGACAUGCACAAUUUUCAUAUUUACAAUUAUUUAAUAUUUAAUUUAAUUAAUUAUUAAGGAGUUUAAUUUAGGCAAUAUAUUAUGCACAUACAUUCAUAGCGUGCGUCUGAUGUGUAAAACUCGAUUUAUAUUAUCUUGAUAAACAUGAAAAAGAAUACUUAGCUCCAAUGGAUUUAAUACACAGAAAUUUAUGGUGAGGCAAAUUUAAUAAGAAAGUCACUUCAUUAUUAAUUAAAUUAUAACAAUAAUUGUUUUUGUCCUAUAUGUAACUAAUAAACUACAUAGUUUUAUUACUAGAAUUAUGAUAACUGCAUUCAUAUUAUCAUUUAAUCUUUAUAAUUCCCAUUGCCAUAAUUCACAAACUAGUUUAAAUAAAUAAAAAUAUUAAAAAAAUUUGUUUAAAGUUGUAAAUUCUUAAUAAUUAUAAUAAAAUAAUAUAUUUAUCAAAAAAAAAGUAGUUUAUUGUUCCGUUAUUUUUAGUUAAGGUAUUAAUUUCACUAAACAGAAAUUAUGCAAUUUGGAUACAACAUAUAUAUAUGUAGACCUAAUUAAGCCAUCAGGUGAUCCAUUUAAGCGAGUACACUCAUUAUCUCAAAAGUAUUAUUAACUUUUUUGAUGAUUUAAGAACCCAAAAAUAUUUAAUAUAGGUUACACCAUUUGAAAAUCAAAAGUAUCUUCCCUUCAAAAUAAGGGAGACAAAAACAAUGGUAAUAUAGCACUUUAAAGAUGCUCGUUUCUUCAAAUUAUAAAAGAUUUUUUUUUUAAAAGUUAAUACUUUCUUUAGUAAAUUGAAUAUACCAACUUAAAUAGAUCUCCGGUAUAUACCUAUAAUGUAUAAUAGGUUGUAUCUUCAUACUUUAUUUGUAUAGCUGUAACAAUACUAUCAAAUUUCUUGAGUUACAUUUUACUAAUAAAAUGAAUAAACAUUUUAAUAUCAUUGUUUAACUGUAAUAUUUAAUUACUUAAAGUAGAAUAUAAACCUUUUACUGGAUUCAGGUAUUUUGCAAUAAGUAAAAUCAUUUAGAAAAUAACCUUUCACAAAUUACAAUAUAAAAUAAAACCCUUUUCAUUUGUCAAACAUUUAGCCGUAAUCAUAAAACAACAAUUAUACAAUUAUUAAUGUAAUUAUCUAGAAAAAAAAUAAGUAUGUUUCAAUUUUAUCUACUAAUAAAAUAAUAAUAUAUAAGGGAAUGUUCAGUACAUUUUCAUAUAAAUAUCAAAUAAAGUAGGUAGGUUUAAUAUUUUUUCAAUAUUUGUUGAUCAAUAAUUUAAUAUGAGUUACCAAUAAUCAUUGCACAUGCCAAAAUUUGUUUGUAAAAUAAAUAAAAAUAAGUAGGUACCUAUUAUUUAAAUAUUUGUUUACAUAAUAUUUGAAAUCACUGAAAUAAAAUUAUAGUUCAUAAAGAAUAAUAACAGGCAGAUAAACUAAAAAAAAAAAAAUGUUGUAUAUAGAACAAAAGGGAAUGGUUAUAGAUAUAAGAUUCAUUGUUUAAAGUGAUUUUUCAGAACCCAUGAAGUUCAAUGCAUUAGGAUGUACUUUUAAGUAUAUGAACAAUGUAAUGAGAGCAAAUAUUACAGUCAGAGUGGGCAACACAACAGAGACGACAUUUUUUUUGUUCUCCAAGAAUUCCUUCUUUCUUUCCUUCUUUUGCUUGUUGGUUUCCUUUGGCUUGUUACUACUGCGUGAGUUCCUCAUUUUGUGCUAAUCGUUGAAUCUUAACUAGAUGUAAAACAAAAAAAAACAAUUAUUUUAAUUUAAAAUAGGUAUGCAAAUUAGGUACACAAUACAAUUUUAGUUGAAAAAGAAAAUAAAUUACAUUGCAUACCUAACUAUAUUCUUAUGAAUAUUAAAACUAAAUAACUUACACACAAAUGUUAUUAGUUUAAGAAUAUUUCUCUUUGAAUGACCAAAAAAAGAAAGAGCAGACGGAUAAUUACUAUUAUUAUGUUUUAAUUUGCCACGAAAACAAAAUUGAACAAAACAAAAAUCGCAAUAACUCUACACCUUUUAAGUACAGUUGUAUUUGUUUACGUCAACGUUAACAGAAGUACAGUACCGUCACCAAUAAUCACUGUAUAUUCAAUUUUAUGCCCAGACUACCAUAGCUGGUGUUACCAAUCUUAGUUCGUUUUCUAUAUAAAUACCGACAAGCACAUUUUGGUAGUUGUUGACGGUUAACCACAGCUUAAACGGAUAAUACUGCUAUCGGCUUCAACCGUGCUGUAUACUCUAUGCUGUAGGCACUGAGAUAGAUAACAAUGCACCAAUAAUGUAUGAUAAAUUAAAUCUAUCAUGGUAUUUUAAACUACUCAGUUCAUGAUUGUGAAUGAUUCAAAUCAUAGUUAUAAUAAUCUCAGAUCUAAUCAUACUGUAUGAUUCAAAUAUUCAAUUGUUAUCUAUCUUAGAGAGUGUUUCAUAUAAUCACAUAUAUUAUGUAUCUUUAAUCAUGUCUGUAGGCAAUAUUUUCUUUCUUUUUGAUACUACUAUCAUAGAGUUCUUAAUUUCCAAUAAAUUUCUUUGACAUUUCUUCGUAGUUCAGAUUUCAAAAUCAAUUUUUGGUAUUAAAGAUUAUUUUAUUUUCUAACCAUUGAACUGGAUUAUUGUUCUUGUAAUGCUCUUUGUUAAAUAGAGAGGAUAGUAAACAAAUUAGGUGAGUUUAAAAUUUAAAUAGUUCUAUUACAUUUCUUGUUUAAAUAAUGCUGAUUUUAAGCAUAACCUUGUAGCAUUGAUUAUAGAAUAGAAGAUAUAUUCUAUAAUUAAUGUUUGUAGUUAAAUUACUAAGAUUUAUUAAGUAAAAUUUCCAGGAUGAUAUUCGAUUUAAAAAUAAGCUGACCUUAAUUGAAAUUAGAAACACGUAAUGUCUUUUUUCGUUCAUUUAAGCCAAGAAGAAUAUUUAGAAUUUGUUUGUGGUUGUGGAGCUGCUAUAAUCAACGUGGGCAUUACCUUUCCCAUCAACAAAAUCAUAUUUAGACAGGUACUAUUUGUCAUACGUUUUCAGUAAUCUAUCUAGGUGUAUCUAUUUUAUAUUAUGUAAAUUUAAAGUUGUCUUAUUCACGUUUUUACAGGUUUAUGUUAAUAUUAAUAUUUUAACCUAUGUUUAUAUUAUUAAAUUCCAUCCCAUUAUUUUAAAGGUUUUUAAAGAUAUAGCUCAUUUAGUACAUAGAUAUAUAGUUCAUAUACUUUGUAUGUGUUGAAUAGUUUAAAUAUGUUUGUUUGUAUUUAAUUUUUGUAACAAUACAAAUUUAUAUUAUUCAUUAUAUUUUAUUAAUAGGUAUACUAUUCUUUAGAAUAGUACAAGUUUAACCAUAUUUAAUUUAUCAUUCAAUUGAAUGUGAAAAACUAGUUUUUCAUUGCACUGCUUGGAAAACAAAAUUACACAUUUUUAAUAUUGGUUUUGGUUAAAAUAAAUGAAAUAGUUUGUUGAUGUUAGUUUCACCAAUAUGUUUAACUAUUUAACUAUUUAACCUUCAAUUUAAUUUUAUGAUUUUUAUUAAUUUUCAAGAUUAAUAUAAGAUAAAUAAAAUUCCUCAUGUUAAAGGUUGUAUUAAAAUAAACAAAUAUUUGUGUCUCAUGUCUACACAAUUUUUUCAUUUAGUAGUGUAACUGUUACCAACAGUCAUAAAUAUUUUAGGGUUGCCAAAAAUAUAAAAUAUUGGGUUGCCAUGUAUUAAAUAUAUAUUUAGGGAGUUGCUAAAAAUUUUAAUAUUAGUUUAUGGGAUCGCAACAUUAAAAAGGUGUAGUAAAAUAACAAUGUAAUACUUUGAAGAAUAAUUCUUCCUUUUUUUAUUUCAAUAUUUAAUUUAUUUUAUAAAACAUGAUUACUUUUAUAACUUAAUGGCUUUAAAAAACGCAUAAAAACAUCAAAAAAACUUUGAAAAAAGCACUUCAAGCAAAUAUUAUUAGACCUAAUGAUAGAAGGGUUUAAAUGUCUUCCCUCUAACAGCUUUAACUUAUUAAAUUCGAUUUUCUAACGUUAUACAAAUUAUUAACCUAAAUUUUUUUUUUUAUAAUACGUACAAUUUUAUUUAAACAAAAUACAUGUUUGAUAAUAAUUGAUGUCGUGUUAAAAAUUAUUUUUAAUAAUUGAGUUGUUAGAUAGAAGACAUUUAAACAUUCUACCAUUUAGUCUAAUAAUAUUUCUUGAAGUGUUUUUUUUAAGGUUUUUAUGUACUUUAUUUUUAAUUUUAAGUGCUAUAAGUCCUGAAACCUGAUAAUUAUCAUGUAUCUACAAAAAAAAAAAAAACAGUUAUUCAUAUUUAACCACAGUUAUUAAAACUUAAUUCUUUACCUAAUGUAUUUAAUUUUAAUUUUUUUUUUUCAAAUUUGCAUGUUAAACUAUUGUUUGUUUCACUGGUUAUUUAAUUUGUACACACUAGUUUUUUUUUUUUCUUAGGUAUUUGAACUGCACUAAUUAUUUUUUAAACAUCUAUUUUAUGUGUAGUUCAUUAUUUUUUAUAAAGUAAAACGUAGGUACAGAAUACAAUCCUACAAUCUAACAUUUGUUUAAUUUUGUGAUAAAUGUAUACAUUAUUGUAGAAUUUAAAGUUAAACUAUAAAUUUGCAUUUGGUAUAUUUAUAUGAUUUAAGUUUCAUAUUGUAAUGAUACUAUUAAAUACAUUAUAUUAUUUUAUAAUUUUUUUAUGGCUUUAAUAAUUUCCUAAUCUUUGAAAACAAUCAGAACAUGUGUAAACCAUAAAUGUGUACAUAAAUAAAUAUUUAAAAUUAAUUUUAUAAAUUUUAAUUUACUACAUUUACCUAUAACUUCAAUGAUUAUAAUAUAAUAUAAUUUUUAUAAUCAAUGAUUACAGUUACAGAGAAUAAAUUUGGUACUAUGAACUGUUAUUACAGUAAUUAAUAUAUUUUUAAUCCAUAGUUUAUACAAUUAUCUUUACAUUUAUGUGUUUUAAUUAAAUUUCUUCUAGAUGUUACAUGGAGUAGGUCUAAGGAAUGCAUCUUCUCAACUUGUGAAUGAAGGAUUUUCUACACUUUAUAGAGGGAUUGGCCCACCGUUAUUCCAAAAAACACUUUCAACGUCAUUAAUGUUUGGCACUUAUGACGCAAUCCAAAGACCACUUUUGGAGUCUAACUUGAACUCCAGAUUAGCCAAAAUUAUUGCAGCAUUAGUGGCUGGGACAGCAGAAGCUGCAUUAACACCAUUUGAACGGGUUCAAACACUCCUACAAGACAACAAUUACAAUAAACAUUUUAUCAAUAUGCGACACGCAAUAAAAGUAAUUGCUACUGAUUAUUCUGUUUCUGAAUUUUAUCGAGGUCUUACUCCAAUUUUAUUACGUAAUGGGCCCUCCAAUAUUUCUUUUUUCUUGCUACGUGAAACCGCCAACACAUGUAUUGUGAUACCCCCUACAGCAUGGACCGGUUAUAAAGUAUUCAAAGAAUUUUUAACUGGGGCAUUUAUUGGUUCUUUAAACAGUGCAUUAUUUUACCCAUGCAAUGUUCUCAAAGUACAUAUGCAAAGUAAUUUGGGUGGUCCAUUUAAAAGUAUUAAACAAGCGACUAUUGAAAUUUAUCGACUACGUGGCAACAGGGUGUCAUACUUUUAUCGAGGAGUGCAUAUGAAUUAUACGAGAUCAUUUAUUAGCUGGGGCGUAGUUAACGUGGCCUAUGAAAACUUAAAAUCUUUUAUAAAGUCAAAUUAAAUACCACUUGAAAUUAGACACAUAUGUUUGCAUUAUAAUUGUUUAUUUACUUUGUUUAUUCUGUGUAUAUUUUUGUUGUUAAAUAUUUUAUUAUACCUAUGUUUGCUUAAUAAAUAUUGUUAUUUGAGUAGCUAUUUGUGUUAUAAUAUAUAUUUAGUUUGUUAAAUAUUUUCAGAUA